AUCAAUAUGGAACUUUCAAAUCAAUCAGAUAUUUCUGAAUUCUUUCUUAUUGGGCUUACAUAUGCUCCAGAUAUUGAGUCAUUUAUUUUCACCUUGUUCCUGUCUAUAUAUUUUGUUACAGUUUUCGGAAACAUUCUUGUUAUACUGGCUGUAAGCUCUGACACUCACCUCCACACUCCUAUGUACUUCUUCAUUGCUAAUCUGUCUUUUACUGACAUCUGUAUAAGUACAACAAUAAUCCCAAAGAUGCUAGUGAACAUCCAAACACAGGACCAAAGUAUCAGCUACGCCGGCUGCCUGUCCCAGGUGUGUUUUGUUUUGAUUUUUGGUACCUUAGAAAAUUGUAUCCUUGCUGUGAUGGCCUAUGACCGCUACUUGGCCAUAAGUCAUCCCCUGAGUUACACAGUUAUCAUGAACCCUUUACUCUGUGUAUUGCUUAUUUUUCUCUCACUGUUGAUAAGUAUCAUGUAUGGACUACUGCAUAGUCUGAUGUUGCUAAAUUUGUCUUUCUGCACAGACCAUAAUAUCUUCCACUUCUUUUGUGAACUUGUUCAAGUCAUCAAACUUGCUUGUUCUGAUACGUUCAUCAAUACCCUCCUUAUAUACACAGUUCCUAGUAUCAUUGGUGGUAUUUCUAUUGCUGGGAUUAUUUUCUCUUAUAUUCAAAUUAUGUCCUCAAUUCUCAAGAUCUCAUCAGUCCAGGGACGGAAUAAAGCCUUUUCUACCUGUGGCUCUCAUCUCUCAGUAGUGUCCUUAUUCUAUGGGACAGCUUUUGGAGUGUAUAUGAGUUCUGCCAUUUCUGACUCUUCUGUUAAAAAUGUAGUAUUUUCUAUGAUGUAUAUUGUGGUGCCUCAAAUGCUGAACCCUUUUAUAUACAGUUUGAGAAACAAAGAAAUGAAACAGGCAAUGAGACACCUCAUCAUUUUUGUGGUCUUAUCAUCUCCAUAA